AUGAUGGUGCACUGCGCGGGCUGCGAGCGGCCCAUCCUGGACCGCUUCUUGCUCAACGUCCUCGACCGGGCCUGGCACAUCAAGUGCGUGCAGUGCUGCGAGUGCAAGUGCAACCUCACCGAGAAAUGCUUCUCCCGCGAAGGCAAGCUCUACUGCAAGAACGACUUUUUCAGGAGAUUUGGUACCAAAUGCGCCGGGUGCGCGCAGGGCAUCUCGCCUUCGGACCUGGUGCGCAAAGCGCGGAGCAAAGUCUUUCACCUGAACUGUUUCACCUGCAUGGUUUGUAACAAGCAGCUCUCGACGGGCGAGGAACUGUACAUCAUCGACGAGAACAAAUUCGUCUGCAAAGACGACUACUUGAGUUCGGCCAGCUUGAAGGAAGGCAGCCUCAACUCCGUGUCCUCCUGUACCGACCGCAGCUUGUCUCCCGACAUCCAGGACCCGAUGCAGGACGACACGAAGGAAACCGACAAUUCCACCUCCUCGGAUAAGGAGACCACCAACAACGAGAACGAGGAGCAGAACUCGGGCACCAAGCGGCGGGGUCCUCGCACCACCAUCAAGGCCAAGCAGCUGGAGACCCUCAAAGCCGCCUUCGCCGCCACCCCCAAGCCCACCAGGCACAUCCGCGAGCAGCUAGCCCAAGAAACAGGACUCAACAUGAGAGUCAUUCAGGUUUGGUUCCAGAACCGACGGUCCAAGGAGCGGCGGAUGAAGCAACUGAGCGCGCUGGGAGCUCGCAGACACGCUUUUUUCAGGAGUCCUCGGCGCAUGCGCCCUCUGGGAGGCAGACUAGAUGAAUCCGAAAUGUUGGGCUCCACCCCGUACACUUACUACGGAGAUUACCAGGGCGACUACUACGGGCCCGGGGGCAACUACGACUUCUUUCCCCACGGGCCGCCCUCGCAGGCGCAGUCUCCGGCCGACUCCAGCUACAUCCCGACGUCGGGGGCCGGCUCCACGCCACUUGGACCCCUGGAACCCCCCCUCCCCGGGCACCACGCUUCCGAGAACCAAAGGUACACGGAUAUGAUCUCGCACCCCGACACUCCCAGCCCGGAGCCCGGCCUCCCCGGCUCGCUGCACCCCCUCCCGGGAGAGGUCUUCAGCGGCGGGCCCAGCCCCCCCUUCUCCAUGUCCAGCUACAGCGGGCCCCUCUCGCACCCCAACCAGGAGCUCAACGAGACGGCCGUGUGGUAG